UCUCUACAUCCAGUCUUCCACCCACGUUCCUCCUGUGCGCACGCGCUGCGUUUCACCGGCCGGAAGCGGCUGCCGGGAGCGGACGUCAAAUCCGUCUCUGCGUUUUGAGCUUUCCGUUUUGUACGUGAGCGUCUCCAGUCCACAGUCGCACACGCCCAGCGUCUGGGGGGGGGGGGGGGUCUCAACGCACGUUAGCGUCGCCUCCCCCGCGCCUCCCACCGCGGUUUGACGUCUCGAGACCCAUCUUGCCUGGGACAGAAGCGCAAAGGCGGCAAGUCCAGGUGUCAAGAAUGACUCUUUCUCAGGUAAAGUCGUAUCUGGGUUCCUUGUUCUGUCCUCUGUGUCCUGCACUACCACUGGGCCAUGCUCAUCUCACUCUGAAGCGUCCCUCCUGACAUGCUUGCUCACGUUCACCCCAGGACCUUAUCUGAGCCCCUCUAUCUCCAUGCAGAUUCCAGCUCAUACUUCAACUGUAUGUGUAUUUAAUGGAGAUUGAGUCGCUUGUUACUAUUUUUGAAUAUUUUUUUGCAAGAGGCUGCCUGAUUGACUCAGUAGGUAGAUCAAGUGACUCUUGAUCUGGAGGUUCGAGCCAGACUUUGGGAGUGUGAUUACUUAGAUUUUUUUUUCUUCCCAGUGUUGUUUUUGUAAGCAGGCUUAACAUUACAAUUUUAUUUACCUGUAAUGCAAUUCAUACGUGUUUAUUUUACCAGACAUGCUGAAAUGCACAUGAGUAAAAAUGAUAUAGAGAAUGAAGAUUUACCUAUAAAAAGAUGUUACUUAAAAACCGUUAAUUUGACUUCGUUUUUUUUCAGUGUGUGUGUUGUAGGUGCACACGUAUGUGAGCAGGAGCCUGUGGUGUGUAUAAAACACCGUGUCAUUUCAGAAAUAAGUUUCAUAUUUAUUUUAACUUUGAAGGAACUGUUGACAUUCAGGGAUGUGGCCAUAGAGUUCUCUCAGGAGGAGUGGGAGUGCCUGGACCCCGCUCAGAGGGCCUUGUACAGGGACGUGAUGUUGGAGAACUACAGGACCCUGGUCUCCCUGGGUCGUGUGUGUGUCUUGGGGAGCCAUUCAGGAAACAAGUAUAUGAACUGCUUGGGCAAUAAGCUUGGAGUAAGCUUUCAUUCACAUCUGGCUGAACUGCAGAGAUUUCAAACCCAAGAGGAAAUUUGUGAAAGUAAUCAAGUUGAGAAGUCUACCAAAACGUCCUCAGUUUCACCACCUCAAAGAAUUGCUUCUGGUGUCACAACCAACAUUGUUAAUAAAUAUGGGAAGGUUCUUAUGCAUCCUUCAUUACUGACACAAUAUGAGAAGACCCCCAGUAGAGAAAAACCUUACAAAUGCAGUGAGUGUGGGAAGGCUUUUAGCCAUUGUUCAACCUUAGCUAAUCAUCAAAGAAUUCAUUCUGAGCAAAGACCUUACAAAUGUAAUGAGUGUGGCAAAGCCUUUAACAGGUUCUCGAACCUCACAAGGCAUCAGAGAAUUCAUACUGGAGAGAAACCAUAUAAAUGUAAUGUAUGUGGUAAGCAUUUUAUGAUACGUUCCCACCUUUGGGGCCAUGAACGAAUUCAUACUGGAGAGAAGCCUUACAAAUGCAAUGUGUGUGGCAAAGCCUUUUCUGAGUGUUCAAAUCUUGCUCAACAUAAGAGAAUCCAUUCUGGAGAAAAACCUUACAAAUGUAAUCAGUGUGGUAAGGAUUUUACCACCCGUUCACACCUUUGGAGUCAUGAGAGAAUUCAUACUGGAGAGAAACCUUACAAAUGUAAUGAGUGUGGAAAGGCCUUCACUGGGAGUUCAAACCUUACACAGCACAAGAGAAUUCAUGCUGGAGAGAAACCGUACAAAUGUAAUGUAUGUGGCAAGGCCUUUAGUCAGAAUUCAAGCCUUACAGUUCACCAAAGAAUUCAUACUGGAGAGAAACCUUACAAAUGUCAUGAAUGUGGCAAAUCCUUUAAGCAGUAUUCAAGCCUCAGUAGACAUCAGAAUAUACAUACAGUGAAGAGACCUUCCAAAUGUAACGAGUGUGGCAAAGCCUUUAACAGGUUCUCGAACCUCACAAGUCAUCAGAAAAUCCAUAGUGGAGAGAAACCAUAUAAAUGUAAUUGCGGUAAAGAUUUUACUACACAUUGACACCUUUGGGGUAAUGAGAGAAUUCACAGGGGAGGGAAACCUUACAAAUGUAAUGAGUGUGGCAAGGCCUUGGUCAGGAGUUCAGACCUUACUCAACAUAAGUGAAUUCAUGCUGGAGAGAAACCCUAUGAAUGUAAUAUGUAUGGCAAGGCUUUUAGUUAG